AUGCAAACCGAGGCGCCGCUGGAAAACGGCGACGCUUCAAACCACGUCAACCAUCAGCCCAAUGGACUUGAUCAUUCGACACCACCACCUCAAACUUUGACUGAACAACUCUCGCAUGUGAAUGCUGAAGCCUUCUUAGAAAAUGGAGAUACCCCGCAUGGAGAGGACAAGGGCAUUGAUGCACCUCCAAACAAAAAGCGGAAGCUCACAGAUCCCCCAACGGGGAAGAAAUCCGCGCCAGGAUCACGGCCCAUCUCACCACCCUGGAAGAAAAUCGCAGUCGAGGGACCCACAUCAUUCGUGGAAGAAGGCAGACGAAAGUCGUCUCGUACAAACUAUGUGCCUGUCGAACUCCUCCCACAAGCGAAUAAACGGAAAACGCGUGCUGCCAUCAACCAGGGCUCUCCUAUCAGCAGUAGUAAAUAUGGAGGUGCCUACAAAGUUUCACCCUUGACUACACCUGCCCCAACACAAACACAGACGCCCAGCAAUGCCAAGCGACCCCAAUCGGCUGGUAAGCCCGCCGUCAACACUGUUGGUAGACCGCCAAUGAAAAGCAGUCAGCCGGCGAAUGCUACAAACUCCGAUGAUGCACCCCCGCCGCCCAAACGAUCUCAUAAGAAAAAGAUACAACCGCCUCCGGAAUCUCCCAUACCGUCUCACUCACCUCAACCAUCAAACCCCCAUCAAACUCGCCGAGCAGCCCGCCGCUCUGAGGCUGGAACAACACCGAGCAGAACACAAGGGCCAACUAGUAACGGUUGGCAUACCAACGAAGAAGAAACAGGAGAUAACGAGGAGGUGGAAGAGCUUGUCGAAGUAGACCCCAACCAACGGUUUCAACGAUUGAGUCUCACGGUUCGCAUGCCGACGGUGAACGUACAGCAUCCUGGACAUGUGCUUCCACAACGGAAUUAUGACUCGUUCAAAGAGUGGUUUGAGAAAGAAGGCAGACUAGGGCUUGAGAUUGGAGACCCAGAUCCUGCGAUGACCGAGCGGUCUGCUUCUGAGGAAGCGCACUUGAGGACCCGCAUCAACGAAGCUGCGAAUCCGGGGGGCCUACUCAGUGAAGAUCGGUGUUCAUUAUACAAGCCGGAAAAGUUCGACCCGCCGCCUCGGCAGUACACCCACCAUGACCGUCUUGUCGCACAUGCAGUAUACUUCCAGAAAUUGUUGGGUCAAGAAAAUGCCAAACACCGCAGAAAUGCAAAGGAGUGUGCCCGUAUGGUAGCCGAUUUCGUUCAGCGCAGAGAGCUAGAAAAAUACAAAACCUGGAAGCAAGGACAACCUAAGACAGAGGAAGAGGUUUCCCAGGAGCAAUACGACGCGGCAAAGGAGGUCUGGCAACAGAUCAGAGAAGACUUGAAGAAAAAGUGGGCCAUGGUCACUGAGAUCGUGGAGGCAAACCGGCUUCAAAAAUGGCAAGAAGAGCAAGAGCGUCUGGGAAAAGAAGCGUUGAAUGAAGUAAUAGACAAGUCGGAAGGCUAUAUGAUGAAACAAAGAACUCGCCGCACUUCUCGUGGCAGCGACGAGGAUUCUGGUGGCGAUAAUGCGAGCGGUGGUGAAGGAUCAGGUUCCGGACCAGAAGGAGAUAGCGAAGAUGAAGUCAAUAUGUCAACCAGUCAAUCUGACAGUGACGAAGAUCAAAUUGCUGUGGAUGAUGACGCAGGUCUUACCCAGGAGGAGCUGCGUCAGAAAUACGCGACAGUCCCAAGCCUCAAGGAAAGUCAGCCUUCAGACUCGAAGCAACCGAGCGGAGACCACGUAAGUACCGAUAGUCCUAGCGACGGCCAGGCUCCCGAUGAGACAAAGUCAGAUCCUGCAAUCGAAACCGACGAACCUUCCUCAGCACCUGAUUUGACCCAUGAGGAGCCUCCUCACAGUCCUGUUGCGUUGGAUGAAGUUGAUGAUGCUUUGAUGGAUGACAGCGAUGAGAGCACAGACAUGGACGACGACAUGAGUGACAGCGAUGAAUCUUCGGAUGAGGAUGAAAGUGGUGACGAACAGAGCGCAGAUGAAGAGCCAGCCGGUUUGCUUGGUUUCUUUUCGAAGAAACAGCUGCAGCCCGAUGUGGAGUCAGUUGAUGAAGAAAAACACGACGCAUCUCGAGACGAUGACGAGGCAUCUGAAGACGAGGCCGAGGAAGUGUCUCUCAUCCCAGAUGCCACGCAGGGCCCAACACCGUCUGCUACUACGAGUGAAGAACCGUAUACGGAAGUCCGCGACAAAAGUGCCCGGAGUAUUACUCGGCCUGGACGCGAGACUGAAGCUACGACAGGCGCAAAUAACGAAUUGACCAUCUCAAAAGCAGCCGAAGAAAAGCUUCCUCCGUCUCAGGACUUCAGAUCGUUGGUCCAGGAUACUUCGUUGCCAACAACACCCAUGUCAAACAAUCCGUCGAAGACGCCUAUACCAUCUCUGCUUCGAGGUACACUUAGAGAAUAUCAGCAUUUCGGCCUUGACUGGCUUGCUGGGCUCUAUGCCGCUGGUACGAAUGGCAUUCUGGCGGAUGAGAUGGGUCUUGGGAAAACGAUACAAACCAUUGCAUUGCUUGCACAUCUUGCGGUUGAGCACGAGGUUUGGGGUCCACAUUUGAUUGUCGUGCCGACAAGCGUCAUGCUCAACUGGGAGAUGGAAUUCAAGAAAUUUCUUCCGGGCUUCAAAAUCAUAACCUACUAUGGUACUCAGGAAGAGCGAAGGAAGAAGCGUCAGGGGUGGCUCGAUAAUGAGAAGUGGAAUGUUUGGAUCACGUCGUAUACUCUGAUUACGAAUGAUCAGCAGAUCUUCAAGAAAAAGGCGUGGCAUUACAUGAUCCUCGACGAAGCUCACAACAUCAAGAACUUCCAAUCGCUGCGUUGGCAGACUCUCUUGACGUUCCGGACUCGAGCUCGGCUUUUACUGACAGGGACUCCUCUGCAAAACAAUCUGACAGAGUUGUGGUCAUUGCUUUUCUUUCUUAUGCCUGCCGACAGUGCCGAAACCGGUAUCGGAGGGUUUGCAGAUCUGCAGGAGUUUACAGAGUGGUUCAGAAAACCAGUGGAGCAGAUCCUCGAACACGGAAGGGAUGUGAUGGACGAUGAUGCCAGAGCUAUUGUCGCCAAGCUUCACAGGGUCUUAAGACCUUUCCUCCUUCGGCGGCUGAAAGCAGAUGUUGAGAAGCAAAUGCCUGGUAAGUAUGAGCACGUGGUCUAUUGCAAAUUGUCCAAGCGUCAGCGAUAUCUGUACGAUGGCUUCAUGUCUCGAGCCCAGACACGUGAGACGCUAGCUUCGGGAAACACCUUUUCGAUCAUGAACGCUUUAAUGCAACUUCGCAAGGUCUGCAAUCAUCCCGAUCUUUUCGAGACCCGGCAAAUUACCACUUCAUUUGCAAUGCCAAAGUCAGCCAUUGCAGACUUCGAGAUCAAGGAACUCCUUGUUCGGCGACGAUUGCUUCAGGAUGACCCCGUCAGUGUUGUUGAUUUGAACACAAUCAAUCUGCUUCCAGGCGCAAACGAAGAGUUCUCGGCUCUUGAGACCAUCCAAAGACAGAGAGUCGGAGCUCUUGGAGCUUUCAGGCAAUUUUCAAGCCAACAGUGGGCACGCAUGGAUCACAACGUUCCUUUCGAUGCCACCUCGGUCAAGAGCACUCUUGCCAGUUACGCGAGCACUGCUAAGUAUGAUACGUACGAAAGACUUAGGCAAGCUGCCUACCUUACCAGCCUCCGAAGCCAACGGCGUCCUCUGUACAGUCGCGACAAGAUCGAGCGGCUCCGAUUUGGUACCAAGACUCUACCACAUUCCCCUAUGCCGGAGCGAAGAGCUCAACUAUCGGAGUGGUAUUCGCGGAUGUCACCUGCGUUGCAGGAGAUGGUCUUGACUAUGCCUGAACGCGCCAAGGCUCUCGAAACGACUGUACAAAAGUUUGCUUGCGUGACGCCUUCCGUUGUCGCUACUGAUAUGGCACCUUUAACCCUAUGCCGCAAAGGCGUAGAGGUCGUCCAAUCUGCAAAGGAGGUCUGCCCCCAAGAUCCUUUCCAUGAAGCUCGCAUGCACCUCUCCAUCGCUUUUCCGGACAAGCGCCUCCUCCAAUACGACUGCGGCAAACUCCAGCGGCUCGACACUCUGCUUCGUACUCUUCAAGCUGGUGGUCAUCGUGCUCUUAUUUUUACUCAGAUGACGAAAGUGCUUGACAUUCUUGAGCAAUUCCUCAACAUUCAUGGUCACCGUUACCUCCGUCUUGAUGGGGCAACUAAAAUCGAACAGCGGCAAGUCUUGACAGAACGAUUCAACCGUGACGACCGCAUCCUAGCAUUCAUCCUGUCCUCACGGUCGGGUGGUAUAGGGAUUAAUUUGACUGGCGCAGAUACUGUCAUCUUCUAUGAUUUGGAUUGGAACCCAGCAAUGGACAAGCAAUGUCAAGACCGAUGUCAUCGUAUUGGUCAGACGAGAGACGUCCAUAUCUAUCGACUUGUGAGUGAGUACACCAUCGAGGCCAACAUCCUCAGAAAAGCCAAUCAGAAGCGCAUGCUCGAUGAUGUCGUUAUUCAAGAGGGAGAGUUCACAACAGACUACUUCAACAACAUGAGCGUCAAGGACAUGAUUGGCGAUGAAGCUCUCGAUGACCGUGAUGCCGGUGCUAAUGCAGCUAUGGACCGUGUGCUUGGUCGUGGUCGUGGUACUGGCCGAGUGUUCGAAGCAGUCGAGGACCAAGAAGACAUUGCCGCAGCACAGGAGGCGGAAAAAGAAAUCGCCAACGAGGCAACUGAAUUCGACGAAAAAGGGCCCGCGACGCCCAAGACCCCAGGGCCAGCUACUCCGGGCGAGAUGAUGCCUCCACCAAGACCCUUGCAAAACGAUGAUGUGGAGAGGACCACAACCAUGGAAGCUGCGGAUUCCGGCUUAGCAAAUCCUGCUGACAUGCUGUCACAGGAGGCUGAGGAAGAAGUGCCGUCAUGCGAUGAUUUCAUGUUACGCUUUAUGGAAUGGGAGUUCGAAGAUAUUCCCGUGCAGCCACCUGUGGAUAAGAACAAGAAGAAGUCGAAGAAGGGGAAAGAGCUUGGGCACCGGAGGAGGUGA